GUGGUGGGAAAAAGAAUAACGCCCACGGAGGUAUUUCCGCCUGAUUUCUGGCCGAUCCACAACCUCGUAUUUGUAUUGGCAGAUCAAAGCAACAAAGGUGUAGGAAGGAUGUAUGCUGAUUGAUCGGACAUGGAUGGUAAAGGCCCGUAUCGGAUCUAUGACCCUGGUGGGAGUGAUACUCAGCCCAAAGAGGAGGCCAGCAGCUAUCGGCAGCUCCUGGAGGAGAACACGGUCCUGAGAGAACGGAUGAAGGGUCUGAAGAGCCUGGGAGAUCUGCUGGAAGAGUCUCAGUCAGAGGCGUCUAAGCUUCGUAAGCGGGUGGAGGAGCUGGUGAGGGAUAACGAAGCGCUCAAGUCCUCCACCCCCAGCUUCGCCAGCGCAUGUGUCGGCGCGCAUGUUCAGUUGGACCCUCAAGGUCACGGGAAGCUCCUCAGUCACCCAGCAUCGGUCCGAUCCGACCCCCGUGAGCAUCUGACAGGAAAAAACGUGCAACCGGAACCCAUCGAGGCCUCACAGUUCGAACUGGUUAACAUGGAGGACAAGACCAUGGCUGAAACUCAAACGGAGAACACAGAGCUGGCCAGUCAGCUGCAGAGACUGGAGAGCUCGUUCAGCGUGUUUGCCCAGGAGUCCAACCCCAACCAGCUGCUGGCUCACCUGGGCCGCAUGGCUGUGGAGUUCCACCACCUGUCUUCUAAAGUGCAGAAGAACGAGCAGAGAACCUCACUGCUGCAGACUCUGUGCGAGCAGCUGAGGCAGGAAAACAGCGAGCUCCGGAAAAAAAUGGAGGAGGAUCUUCAGUAUCGAAAUCGUGAUCUGGAACAGCUGAGGCAGGAGAACAUGAAGUUGCGGGAGCAGGUGACCGGGCGUGCAGAAACGGUCCAGAACGAGUCAACCGAGGCCAAAGACGAGACACCAGCUAAAGAGGAAGCGGUGAAAGUCAAGCUGGAGGCAACUGUGACUCAGCAGUCGAGUAAAUCUGCAGAGAAAACUCCAUCUAAGACGCUGGACCCGGAGGUGUACGAGAAGAAAAUCAGGCUACUGGAGAAGCAGAGAAAAGACGUGUUGGAGGUGAACAAACAGUGGGACAUUCAGUGGAACUCGAUGAAAGCGCAGUACGAGCAGAAGAUAACAGAUCUGCGGCAGCGGCAACUGGACUCUCAGAAAGCGAUUUCGGAGCUGGAGGCGGAGCGGGAGCAGAGGCAGCGAGACUACGACAAGAAACUGCUGCUGGCCAAGUCCAAGAUAGACAACGUCCAGGGUGAAAAGGAGUGUUUGACAUCAGAGACGUGUGAGCUGAAGCAGAAGGUUCGGUACCUGCAGGAUCAGUUGGGGCCUCUGACUAAGCAGAGGGAGUACCAGGAGAAGGAGAUCCAGCGCCUCAACCGGGCGUUAGAAGAAGCACUGAACCUGCACUCUCCCAGCGCACAGGGAGGAAUGAAUCCCGGAGAGGGGGUUCCAAACCAGCGGCAGCAAGAGCUCCAAACACAGAUCGCUGUGCUGAAAGAACAGGUGAAGAUCUUCGAGGAGGAUUUCCGAAAGGAGCGCAGUGACCGGGAACGCAUGAACGAGGAGAAAGAGGACCUGAGACGGCAGGUGGAAAGAUUACAGGGGCAGAUGACCAAUCUGACCAACCAGCUGCAUCAGGCACAGAACGAGUGUCAGAGAGAAAGAGCAGAAAGGUGUAAACUGGAGCGACUGCAGAUGCAACACAAGCAGGAGGGGCAGCCAGAGCGAAGGACAUCCGACCCCACCAGCGGUACAGCUAACGGCCCGACGUAUUGCAGCCCUUUCAUGCAGGUCGGCCCCCAGCUCGAGGGCUGGCCCAUCCACUUUCCACCACGGAUGCCCACCCUGAGCGCAGCCCCCGGCAGAGACUUCCAGCCUGUUAACCCGGGUUUUCAAUGGCAGACAUCAUUCCCACCGCCACGAGGUAACAGAAUACAGACAGAUGCUGCAAGACCCCCUCCAGAAACUGCAGAAGCUGGAGCAGCGGGUUUUGUGAAGCGGGAGCGUCAGAACGUGGACCUCGGAAAGCACUAACCGCUCCACCCUCCUCUCUGCUGGCACGUGGCUAGUAGCAUGAUGCAGUUUCUCUUUCAGUUAGCAUGGUGUUGUCCCCAUGUGUGUGUAUGUAUGUAUAUAUUUACUUAAAUAUAUAUAUACAUGUAUUAUGUGACUUUUUUCUGUUGUUAAGGUUUGAACUUUCUACACAGUAAUGCUAUGCAGGAACUGAAUCAUUUAUUUAAUAAACCAGAGAAUUAAACAUGUUUGAGACCUGCAGACCUAAUGAGGACCAGAUCAGAAGCACAACAGAAUGUCGUCCCUUAAUGAGCAUCAAACCGAUCCUGACCUUCAGCUUUCAUAAGCCCAGAGAAAACCUCUGUAUUUAUUAAUAGCACUGAAAAAAUUAACAUUUACUUUAAUUAGGCUCAGUAUGGCUGCGUAAAAGUUUGGACACCCCAGUCCAGUUAUGUGCGUAUAGACUAGUUCAGGCUUCUUUUUUUUCAAGCGACCAACAGUUUGUCCAUGACUUUCACUCAACCCAGGCAACACAAUGCAUCUUACUGUACAAUCUGGUCCCGCUGUGGUUUACAAGAUGUACCAUAAAGCCUCCACAAGGGGACGGUCACAUACAAGUUUAUUUAAUUAUUUUUUUUUUUUAUUGGCUGGACUAGUUGACCCAUAGUCUACAAGAAACAAACUAUUGCAAAUUUGAAUGUACAGUUACUUUUUAUUUGGAGUUCAUGAAGGAGUAGUGAAGAUGCACUUAUAUUAUAUAUAGCAGAAAAAUAAAGCUGCUUAAACAUGUCACUAUUAACAUGCGUGGCUUCAUUUUUCUGAUAUAUAAAUUUUUAGUUUGAAGAGACCCCUGAACGCUUCCUAUAGAUACGAUGUAAAUCAAAGCAACAUCUCUUAGGUGGGCCGCAAGCCAAAAAAGAGAGCAAUAUUAAGAAAAAUAAUAAGGUUGCUCAGGUGUCAUUGUAAAAUACGCUAGCACACCAGAGCUGGGAUUUCGAAUACGUCGUAUAGAAUCUCCGCUCUGCCAUCCGGCUGGACUGGGCGGCUGCGUGAACAACGAUUGGCUGUUGUUCAGGGUGGGCCAAGCCGGACCAGGGUUCCUCAUAACUGAGCGAAUUACGACCUCUGCUGGCUGGUUGAGUUGAGGAAUAAUGCCGAUCGGCGCGUGGAUCUCCGUACACAAAACCGUAUGCCUCGUGCUGGUGAAAUGAUGCAGUCGGCUACUGUGCACGUGUCGGAGGGGACUUGUGACAGUCUCGCUCUCCUCAGUCUGGGCAGGGAUCAGUUCCAGUAGAGAGGAAGAAUAACACACUUGGGUAAAAAUUGGGUGCACAAAAAAAAAUCAGGAGAAAAAGGGAGAAAAUGCAUUAAAAUAAAAGAAUUUAACAUAGUUGGAGUGCCGGAAGGUGGGUGGGUAUGUGGCAUCAACAGAAGUGAAGGUGCACUUAUAUUAGCAGGAAAAUGAAGCUAUUCCCUGUAGAAGAUUAUAAUCGUUCAUUACUGUAAACAUGCAUGGCUUCAUUUUUCUGAUGAAUACAUUUUUAGCUUGAAAAAACCCCGAACACUUCAAAGCAAUGUCCCUUAGGUGGGUCGAGAACCAAAAAAGAGAAAAAUAAUAAGAAAAAUAACAAGAAAAAUAAUAAUAAUUAAAUAAACUUGUACACAAACUCCCCCUUGUGGAGGCUUUAUGUUACAUCUUGUACACCACAGUGGGACCAUAUUGUACAGAGUAAGAUGCAUUGGUUGUGUCGCCUGGGUCACGUAAAAAAAUCAUGGACAAAAUGUGGGUCGCUUUUCAUCGGUUGGUUGAACGCCAUCUAGUGGGUAUAAUUGGCAGUCCAUGCAGCAGACUCUGAUUGGCUACCGUGUCUGCUAGGGCGGGACAUCCAGAGCAUGUGGGUGGGAUCUUCGUAAGGACCCUGAUUGGUGGAAGAGACGCCUGUGCAGAAUGCAGGGGCGAAAAGAGGAGGGCUGUGCUCGUGUCUGAAGCAAUCGGGUAUCCCUCGGCAGCGGAAGACAAAUUGAGUGUGCUAAAUCGGGUGGAAAAUGGGGAAAAGAUGCGUUUAAAAAAAAUACGGCAUGGUGACUAGUGAGGUGUAAAACAGUGAGACUUGGUUUGUAUUUAAGAUAGCAAUCCCACGUUUACUAAUCCUGGGAUCACUUGUUGUGGCUUUGUAGCUCUUUAAUAAGAUUUAAUGCUCUUUGAUUGAAGCAGUAGUUUCAUGAACAUGUUGUAUCUUCUCACUUCUCCACAUGACUACACUGCUAGAUCUAAAAUACCUUAAAUAUAAAACUGCAUGUGUAUAAACUGUCAGCAUCAAUAUUUUUGAGCUCAGUGGCUCCACCAGCAGAAAGCAGUUUUGCCGAGCAUCAUGUGACGGGCGGAAACAUGCGCCCAGCCUCACGGUGAAUGAAGCUCAAAGCGAUUAUCCUGUUAGAGCAGCCUAAAACUUGGAACAGGAACAUAGCAAGUAAACAUCCUUUAAAAUUUAUUCACAUUACAUAAUUUAUGCUUUGCAGAUAUUUGGGUUGCCAUAUCUAGGUUUAAUCCUUGUAGAUGGAAUGAAUAAAAAAUAAGCAAAAAUGAAAAUGAACUGGGGUGUCCAAACUUUUGUAUUAUGCUUAAACUUUAAAAAUGUGUGUUUAUCUAAAAAUAUUAUAAUAUAUGUAAGUUAUGACUUUUUCCUGAUUACAAUGUUUUUCUUUUACUGUGAUACACUUUUUUACCCUGAGGAAAAGCCUAGAAGCUUCUAAAUAAGACAUGACCUGCUGAUUGACUGCAAUUGAUAUGAGUGAUUUUUUUUGAAGGCUGGAUUAAUGAAUGCUGGUAACAUGAUACCAUUAUUUUCACAUUAUUAGUUCUGUUCCGGUUCCUGUAUGAAACGCCAGUGAAACCAGUCGUUUUUCUUUCCAUGCAGUUGCAGUAGUGCUGAUGACACGUGAUUUACCGUCGAUGCUUUUUUUGUGCGUGUGUUCCGCUAAUGUUGCCCCGUAUAUUACUUAUAUACCGUACGUAUAGCUGUUUGAAACUGGUCAUGUGAAUGGGAGCCGAUAAUAUUUAGCCGGUUAGAGACAGCUCAUCGUCCGGCCCUGCACCCAGAGGAGAGGAGAUCUAAUCCCACGCCAUUGCAGUUCAUUUAGAUAGAUUAGUCGUCGUGUACAGGGUCCAGAAACAGUCCUGGAUAUAAUAUAGAACGCAGACAGGUGAUUCGUUCUGUCACAAGACGCCGCUUUCUUACGCGAAGUCGCGACUGCUUGUACGAAACAAGGUCUCAUUCGUUGCAAAUUAGGAACCGAGAUGAUUUUCCUAGACUGUAAGGUUGUUUGUUAGGCGAAACAUGACACAGAGUAUAUCUUAUGUAAAUAAUCUGGUUCUGAGCGGCUUUUGUAGUGAACCUGUGUUGAGUAGAAACAGAUGAAUGAUUUACCUGUGAGUGUGUAGCAGUUCAAAUGUUCUGUAAGCUGAAGCACUUUGGGAUGUUUCGCUUUUAUUUAACGCAGUUUACUGGUUGGUGGUUUUUGUGCUCUUUUGUUUGUUCUUUUUUUCUUUCCCUGAUUAGGUGAAAGCACAUCUCAUGUGACUCUUUUGUAUUUGAUUAUCAUAAUAAAUAUAUUCUAAAUGUCCCAA